GCCUGGAGCUGAUAGUCUCCCCUAGGAAGUUCAGGGACCCCAAAAAGCUUCUGUUUCCCUCCCCAGAGGUUCUCCUUCAAGGAGGCUGAGUGAAAUGUGCUGGAGCAACCCAUGAAAUGUGCAUCCCGGGAGAUUUGUGGCAUCUGGGGCCUGUUUGCCUUUUGGUUUGCUGCAGCUGUACUGGGACAAGGGGCAGAGGUUGGCACAGGUGCCCCUGGAGCCACAUCUGCCCAUCUUUCUAGAGACCACUCCAGCCCCUUGGAGAAAACCUUUUUGUUGUUUGAGUUUUGAGGAUUUUUUCCUGGAGAGCUGCUAGCAGGAGGUGGUUGGAGAUGGAGCUUUGCUCUACAGCUGAUUUUCUUGCUGAGCUCUGCUCUACCAGCCCGGGCAAAGCCUGCCGGAGGGAUGAGCUUCUCUACUCACUGUGACUGUGCUGAUGUCCCUGUCACCAGUGGUGACAAAGACAGGCCUGCCUGCCCAUGGGUACUUUGGGUGGGAUGGGGUUGUGCGCCGAGUCCCUGUCCUCAUCCACAUGGAGUGAAAUGUCAAGGCAAGGGGACACAGGGCACCGUCUGGGGGGUGGUGCCAGGGAGAGUCACCGUGGGGUGAGAUGAGAGCAGGAGCGUGGAGAGGUGGGGUAGCUGGCACCAUGUAGGCACAUUUGGGUAUGGGGAGGGCAGAGAUGGGGCCCAGACACCAGCAACGGCCUGAGGGAUGGAGUGACAGAGCUGGUCCUUGUGGCACUGGAAGGUGGUCUUGGGUGACCAGGAGAUGGUCUUAGGUGGCCAGGAGUGGCCUUGGGUGUCUGGGAGAUGGUUUUGGGCAGCCAGGAGUUGGUCCUGGAUGACAAGGACACAGUCUCGGUUGACCAGGAGGUAGUUUUGGGGAUCAGGAGAAGGUUUUGUGUGGCCAGGAGGGGCCCAGCCUGCCUGUGGUGCAACCCUACCUGGUGAGGGUCUGUGACCAUGCAGCCUUGCUGCAGGGACCUGCCAUAGGGACCUGGAGACACAGGGAUGGGGUUGCAUGGGGUCCCUGGGACCCAUGUGCCUGUGGAGGGACAUCAUGUGUGUCCUCACCCUGGGUCAUGGGAUGCAGUGACCUCUUCCCAGUAUAGGGACAUUGAGCACCUAUGGUCAAUGGGGGCCAAGACCAGGGUCUGGUGUGGCUGAGGGGAUGCAGAUGCCCCCCAUGCCUACCCCUUCGUCAUGCCAGGCCCUGCUCAACCCUCCUCUCCCCCCACAGCCUCGCCGGCAGCCACCUUGCCAGGAUGAACGGGACAGCCAACGUCAACCCUGCUGGCCGCAGCCACUACGUCUCUGCCAUCCCGGUGCCCCGUGCUGUGGCCCAUGGCAAGCCACACACUGCAGCCCCCCCAAGCAUACCGGGGUCCCCCAUUCCCCACAGGGCUCCAUCCCCACAGCCAGGAAAGGCACCAACCCCCGGCCCCAAGACCCUCAAGCCCAAAGAUGCUGGCAGAGCUGCCAGCCAUGAGCUGUCCAAGGGCAGGGAGGGCAGCCCCGGCAGCCCCCACCGCAGGGGGCAGAAAGCCCUGGCAAGACCCCUGGUGUCCCCCGGGAGGUGGCCAGAGGCAGCAGGCUGUGGGAGGAGAGGGGCAGGUAGGGGUGGGGAGCCCACCGGGCUGCCCAAAGCUCCCCCAACACAAGGCAGGGGUGGGGGGCGGCCGGGGAAGGGCAUCAGAGCGGCCAUAGUAGGGACAGGGGAUGAGCCCCAUGGCAGCUCGCAGGGCAGAGGCCCAGUAUUUGGAUCGGGGGCCAUCAACUUCUCCUCGGGCCUGCCCCAUAGCCACCCUGUCACCGCCACCGUGGCACCCUUCCAGUACCGGCUGCAGGACCAGGAGGAGGAGAGGGCCACGUCCCCGGGUGACAAGUGCUCUGAUCCUGCGGAGGGACCUGACCCCAACUGCAAACCCAGAGGCCUGACAGCUCCCGGCGGGUUAAAUGGUUGCAGCGCGGGGAUGCUGGGGAGCAACCUCAAGAGCCUUCCCGACGUGGAGCUGGGCGAGGAGGAGCGAGGCUACCGGCGGGGCCCCGACGGCGGCGCGGUGAUGCCGAAGCGGGCGAAGGCGACGGCGGCGGCGGCGGGCCCGCGGGGCGCGGAGCUGCGCGUCUUCAAGGCGAGCAGCGCGGAGGGGCGGCUGCCGGCCGGCUCCAACCUGCGCAAGCAGAAGUCGCUCACCAACCUGGCCUUCCUCACCGAUGCCGAGAAGAAGCGGCAGCUCUACGAGCCCCGCUGGAGCGACGACAUGGCCAAGGCGGCGGCACCGGGGGCGGCGGCGGGCGGCGGGGGCCGGGGCGGCGGCGGCCCCCGCGGCCGGGAGGCGCCCGCCAUGUCGCGGAGCCUGUCCCGCUCCGAGCACUCGCUGCUGCCGCCGCGCCCCGCCGGCCCCGGCAAGCCGCCGCCCGCCGGCAAGCCCAGCCGCAUCCCCCGCGGGCCCUACGCCGAGGUGAAGCCCCUCAGCAAGGCCCCCGAGGCGGGCGGGGGCGGCAAGUGCGACGACGAGCUGCUGGGCGGGAAGGGGCCGGCGGUGGCGGCGGGCGCCGAGGAGAAGCCCUACCUGAAGGUGGACCCCGAGCUGGUGGUGACGGUGCUGGGCGACCUGGAGCAGCUGCUUUUCAGCCAGAUGCUGGACCCUGAGUCCCAGAGGAAGAGAACAGUGCAGAAUGUUCUGGACCUUCGGCAGAACCUGGAGGAGACCAUGUCCAGCCUGAGGGGCUCUCAAGUGUCUCACAGCUCCCUGGAGAUGACCUGCUAUGACAGCGAUGAAGCCAACCCCCGGAGCGUCUCCAGCCUGUCCAACCGCUCCUCCCCACUGUCCUGGCGCUAUGGGCAGUCAAGCCCACGCCUGCAGGCGGGGGACGCGCCAUCGGUCGGGGGGACCUGCCGCUCUGAGGGCACACCCAGCUGGUACAUGCAUGGCGAGCGGGCACACUACUCGCACACCAUGCCCAUGCGCAGCCCCAGCAAGCUGAGCCACAUCUCCCGCCUGGAGCUGGUUGAGGCACUGGACACCGAUGAUGUGGAGCUGAAGUCAGGCUACAUGAGUGACAGCGAUCUGAUGGGGAAGACACUGACAGAGGAUGACGACAUCACCACAGGCUGGGAUGAGAGCAGCUCCAUCAGCAGCGGCCUCAGCGAUGCCUCUGACAACCUCAGCUCGGAGGAGUUCAAUGCCAGCUCCUCGCUCAACUCCCUGCCCUCCACCCCCACCGCCUCGCGCAGGAACUCGGCCAUAGCGCUAUGCACGGACUCAGAGAAGCGCUCGCUGGCAGAGAGCGGGCUGAGCUGGUACUGUGAGGGCGACGACAAGGCACCCAAGAAGCUGGACUACGACAGCAGCAGCCUCAAGAUGGAGCACGGCUCCUCCAAGUGGCGGCGGGAGCCCUCGGAGGGCGGUGAAGAAGGGCCCAAGGGUGGUGAGCUGAAGAAGCCUGUCAGCCUGGGCACUCCUGGCUCCCUCAAAAAGGGCAAGACCCCUCCCGUGGCCGUGACCUCCCCCAUCACCCACACGGCCCAGAGCACCCUCAAAGUGGCAGGCAAGCCUGAGACCAAAGCCACCGACAAAAGCAAGCUGUCUGUGAAGAGCACAGGCCUGCAGCGCUCCUCCUCCGAUGCUGGCCGUGAUCGCGCUGCUGAUGCCAAGAAGCCACCCUCGGGCCUCACGCGCCCUUCAGCCUCCAGCUCCUUCGGCUAUAAGAAGCCAGCUCCUGCCACUGGCACAGCCACUGUGAUGCAGGCUGGGGGCUCAGCCACACUUGGCAAGAUCCAGAAGAGCUCUGGUAUCCCCGUCAAGCCAGUCAGCGGGAGGAAAACCAGCCUGGAUGUCUCCAAUGCAGCCGAGCCUGGUUUCCUGGCCCCAGGGGCUCGUUCCAACAUCCAGUACCGCAGCCUGCCCCGGCCAGCCAAGUCCAGCUCCAUGAGUGUGACCGGUGGCCGUGGCGCAAACCGGCCAGUCAGCAGCAGCAUCGAUCCAAGCCUGCUGAGCACCAAGCAGGGCAGCAUCUCUGUGUCACGGCUCAAGGAGCCAUCCAAGAUCAGCACCAGCCGUGGCACACCAGCCCCUGUGAACCAGACAGACCGCGAGAAGGAGAAGGCCAAGGCCAAGGCGGUGGCACUUGACUCUGAGUGUGGGACGCUGAAGAGCGUCAGCUCACCUGAGAGCACACCGAAAGCCCAGGCCAACCUCCCGCCAGCAGCCAAGGUGGCCGAGCUGCCCCCCACGCCUCUCAGAGCGGCUGCCAAGACCUAUGUGAAGCCUCCCUCACUGGCCAACUUGGACAAGGUCAACUCCAACAGCCUGGACUUGCCCUCCUCCAGCGAGCUGCAGCCCCCACACACUGCCAAGCUCCAGGACCUGCACCCAGCUGGUGGGCACCUCGCGCCCUGCUUCAGCCCCAGUCCUGCCCCCAUCCUCAACAUCAAUUCGGCCAGCUUCUCCCAGGGCCUGGAGCUCAUGGGUGGCUUCAGUGUCCCGAAGGAGGGCAGGAUGUACCCCAAGCUCUCAGGGCUGCAUCGCAGCAUGGAGUCCCUGCAGAUGCCUAUGAGCCUGCCCAGUGCCUUUUCAGGGGGCAGCACCACUACCCCAACCCCUGCUGCUGCACCCCCUGCCAGCACAGAGGAAGAGGAGGAGGAAGAGGCAGGGGAGCUGGGCUGGAGCGGGAGCCCACGGCUUGCACAUCUGGACAGUGCCAACCGCGACAGGAACACGUUGCCCAAGAAAGGGUUGAGGUACCAGCUCCACUCCCAGGAGGAGGCCAAGGAGCGGCGCCAUUCGCAUGCCAUCAGCAGCGGGCUCCCUGAGUUGGACGACCAGCAGGAGCUGCCCUCGCCCCCUGCCCUCCCCAUGGCGCUGGUUGGGAAAGGUCCGCUCACCAGCAUCGUGAGCCCCACUGCCACCGCAACCCCACGGAUCACCCGCUCCAACAGCAUCCCCACACACGACUCCACCUUCGAGCUGUACAGCACGUCCCAGAUGGGCAGCACCCUCUCCCUGGCCGACAAGCCCAAGGGCAUGAUCCGCUCGGGCUCCUUCCGGGACCCUGUGGACGAUGUUCAUGGAUCGGUGCUGUCCCUGGCCUCGAGCGCGUCCUCCACCUACUCCUCCCAAAUCCGCAAGCUGCGCCGUGAGCUGGAGUCCUCACAGGAGAAGGUGGCCACCCUGACGUCCCAGCUGUCUGCUAACGCCAAUCUGGUGGCAGCUUUUGAGCAGAGCCUGGUGAGCAUGACAUCCCGCCUGCGGCACUUGGCAGAGACCGCUGAGGAGAAGGACACUGAGCUGCUGGACCUGCGAGAAACCAUUGACUUUCUGAAGAAGAAGAACUCGGAGGCCCAAGCUGUGAUCCAGGGUGCACUGAAUGGCACUGAUGUCACCCCCAAAGAGCUGCGCAUCAAGCGGCAGAACUCCUCUGACAGCAUCUCCAGCCUCAACAGCAUCACCAGCCACUCCAGCAUUGGCAGCAGCAAGGACGCUGAUGCGAAGAAGAAGAAGAAGAAGAGCUGGCUGCGCAGCUCCUUCAACAAGGCUUUCAGCAUCAAGAAGGGACCUAAAUCAGCCUCGUCCUACUCGGACAUCGAGGAGAUUGCCACGCCAGACUCGUCGGCCCCCUCUUCCCCCAAGCUGCAGCAUGGCUCCACAGAGACCGCCUCACCCUCCAUCAAAUCCUCCACAUCCUCGUCUGUGGGCAUUGACACAGCUGAGCUCUUCCAGGCCCAUGGUGAGGGUGAGCCAGAGAAGAAGGAGGUGUCGGAGCUUCGGUCCGAGCUGUGGGAGAAGGAGAUGAAGCUGACGGACAUCCGCCUGGAGGCCCUCAACUCGGCCCACCAGCUGGAGCAGCUGCGGGAGACCAUGCACAACAUGCAGCUGGAGGUGGACCUCCUGAAGGCCGAGAAUGAUCGGCUCAAAGUGGCUCCAGGGCCCUCGGCAGUGCCAGGCUCUGUUCCUGGCCACGUCAUGAGCACGUCAGCCUCCUCUUCACCGCGGCGCUCCCUGGGUCUCACCCUUGGCCAUGCCUUUGGCCCCAGCCUGGGGGAUGCAGACGUGUCCCCUAUGGACGCUGUCAGCGCUGGCACCCAGAAGGAUGAGCUGACACUACGGAUCGUGGUGCGCAUGCCGCCCCAGCACAUCAUCAAGGGGGACCUCAAGCAGCAGGAGUUUUUCCUGGGCUGGACCAAGGUGAGCGGGAAGGUGGACUGGAAGAUGCUGGAUGAGGCUGUCUGCCAGGUCUUUAAGGAUUACAUCACCAAGAUGGAUCCUGCUUCCACGCUGGGGCUCAGCACCGAGUCUGUCUAUGGCUACAGCAUCAGCCACAUCAAGCGGGUCCUGGACACAGAGCCACCAGAGCUGCCGCUGUGCCGCCGAGGCCUGACCAGCAUUGUUGUGACACUCAAAGGCUUGAAGGAGAAGUGCGUGGACAGCCUAGUGUUUGAGACACUCAUCCCCAAGCCCAUGAUGCAGCAUUACAUCAGCCUCCUGCUGAAGCACCGGCGGCUCAUCCUCUCGGGACCCAGCGGCACCGGCAAAACCUACCUGACCAACCGCCUGGCUGAGUACCUGGUGGAGCGCUCAGGUCGGGACGUCACCGAGGGCAUUGUCAGCACCUUCAACAUGCACCAGCAGUCCUGCAAGGACCUGCAGCUGUACCUCUCCAACCUGGCCAACCAGAUUGACCGGGAGACGGGCAUGGCACCAGAUGUGCCACUGGUGAUCCUCCUGGACGACCUCAGUGAGGCGGGCUCCAUCAGCGAGCUUGUCAACGGCGCGCUCACCUGCAAAUACCACAAAUGCCCCUACAUCAUUGGGACCACCAACCAGCCUGUGAAGAUGACCCCAAACCAUGGCCUCCAUCUCAGCUUCAGGAUGCUGACCUUCUCGAACAACGUGGAGCCAGCCAACGGCUUCCUGGUGCGCUACCUGCGGCGGAAGCUCCUGGAGUCAGACACGGAUGUCAACGCCAACAAGGAGGAGCUGCUGCGUGUGCUGGACUGGGUGCCCAAGCUCUGGUACCACUUGCACACCUUCCUGGAAAAACACAGCACCUCUGACUUCCUCAUCGGUCCCUGCUUCUUCCUGUCCUGCCCCAUUGGAAUUGAGGAUUUCCGGACCUGGUUCAUUGACCUGUGGAACAACUCCAUCAUCCCUUACCUGCAGGAGGGGGCAAAAGAUGGGCUCAAGGUCCACGGGCAGAAGGCAGCCUGGGAGGACCCCGUGGAGUGGGUGCGGGACACCCUGCCCUGGCCAUCAGCACAGCAGGACCAGUCCAAGCUGUACCACCUGCCCCCACCCACUAUUGGGCCCCACAGCACCGUUUCCCCUCCCGAGGAGCGCACCGUCAAGGACACGACCCCCAGCUCCCUGGACUCUGACCCUCUGAUGGCCAUGCUGCUGAAGCUCCAGGAAGCCGCCAACUACAUCGAGUCUCCGGACCGUGAGACCAUGGUGGAUCCUGACCUGCAGUCAACUCUGUGAGGCCCAGACAUGCCAGCCCAGGCAGAGGGGAGCCGCCGCCAGCCACCGCUCCCGCUGGGCUGCUGUUAUUUUCCUUUGGUAUCCCGGAGCGUGGGGCUGGCGUGCGAGCAGAGGACCAGGGCUCUGGCACGUCCCGGCAGAACGUGGGGAAGCUCAGCUCAUCUGUGGGAGAGCGCGAGGUGCCGUCUCCCCUUGCGACCCUGGGGGUAGGAGAAUCCUGGUUUCUCUUCUUGUUUUUUUCUGUCUCUAUUGCAAACUCUUGGGCUUUGGGGCCAGGGCGACUGAUGCAGCCGAGCUCCUGCUCCCGGGAGCCGCAGGAAGGCCCCUGCGUGGGGCAGGGACCCCACAGGAGCCACCUGGGCCAAAGCUGGGGGGCACGGGAGGAGUGUGUGGCCGCAGGACAAGAGUGCGGGCACAAGGGUCUCCAGCUCCCUCUCCACCCAGCCAGGCGUAGCUGAGGGCAGGUGACGACGGAGCCGCUGCUGCAGGGAAUGCCUGCCUUGUGCUGGCCGAGGAGGAGUGUGGCGCUCGCUGCUGUCUUUGUACGUUCCCCAUGUCACCUGCAUGGCAGCCGCUGCGACCAGGACAGCCCAAUAAACCCUGCUUUGGUUAUUUUCUUUUGUUUCCCCCUCCCAUUUUCCCUUGGCCGAGUCCAGACUUCACUUUGGUCCCUUUUUUUGUUCUGGUUCUUUGUUCUCCUGGCCUGGAGCCCGUGGCCCGGUGCCUGCUGCUUCCCUGUAGGCAGCUCCCUUUCCCUUUUGGUUUCUUUUGCAGCUGUUUGUUCCACCACUCAAACCACCUCUGUCAUGAAACUGGUGCUCACUGGAUAUCUCCAGUCCCUGAACCCACCUCUCGGGGCCUUGCAGCUUGGCUGAGCUGGGACUUGGUAGCCAGUGGCAGCGGGAUGCUCUCAGAGCAGCCCCUGGCCUGGCAGCUUCCCCCUCCCCAAAGCACAAGGCAGAGUCUGGCCCUGGGGUGGGGUCUUGCCAGGCCAGGAUGCCACAGGGCAUCCCCUCCCCAAGGUACCCAGCCGUGGCCGAGGCCUGGCCAUGGCAGGGGUGUUGCUGCUCCAUCCCUGGGCAACUGGCCACCUGCCCCAUCCCCUCAGCGCUGCCAGGCCUAGAGGGGGUGGGUUGGUGAGCCAUGCCUGGGGUGGUCCCUGUGCCCUUGGCUCCCCGAGGCCCUGUGCCUUCCUGCACCCUGUGGCAGGGUCUUGCUGUGCCCCAUGUCCAUGCUCUGGGGACGGCUAGGGCUGCCAUAUGUCCUCCUGGCCCUACCCUGCAGUGUCACAGGGGGUGCUCCUGGCACAGAGGGGAUCAGCCCCAGUGCUGCCACGGUGCCUUAAUCCCUGGCUGUGUGGGGAGGGGGCACAUGGGGCUGAGGCGACAGCUCUGGCUGCAUUGCCCUGUGACUGUCCCCAAAGCCAGCUUGGCUGGGAUGGGACGGGGUGCUGGCACUGGCCUGAGCAUGGCCGAGCUGGGGCUGCUGCUUUCAGUACCCCUUGCUUGCCUGGCCCCAAGCAUGGCUGCAGGGUGCCAGCACCUCCCUCCCUUAGCCCAGCUGCGCUCUGGGCACCCCCUCCUCUCCACUGCCAUCCAGCUCAGCUCCCGCAUUCAGCUGGGGCCCUGGGGAGCCUUCUGGGGAGCCGUGACCCCCCAGGGCCAGGUCUGCCGAGCCCAUCCUGUCCCCAGCCCCUGCCAGGCUGGGGACUGGGCAGCCUCAGACCCCGCCCUGGUGCCAUGGCUGGUGUGGCCUUCAGGGACAUCUCGCAACCCUCCAAAAUGGGCAUCUCCUCCGAGACCUGGCCUUCGUGCCUGUGCUGCUUGGAGGCAGCUGCCACCGCUGCCCUUGGUGCUCUCUCGGCCGGUGCAUCCCGCCUGGCACAUCCCAGCCGUGGCGCGUGUGCCCCAUGGUGCUCACUUCGUCUGUCCGACAGCCUCCCCACCGUCUCCCGCUGCCACCCGUGGCCGGCCAGCCCGGCCCCUUGCACAGGGAUGUCCCCCCCCAUGCGGGCUUGGACGCUAGGGCUGUCUGUUCGCCUUCUCUUGCGUUGCCGCUGUCGGCUAAGGACUCGCUGUAAAUAGGUCUGUAGUCGAAUGCCCUGCGUGAGUUGGUGGGGCCCUGCUCUGCGCCUCUUUCCUUGUUUCCUGUUUUCUUUCUUUUUUUUUUUUCUUUCUUUUUGUACUCAGUGAUAACUGUGCUGUGCUGACUUCUUUUCUGAUUGUACAAGACACCGGCUUAGCAGCCGCUCGAGGCCGGUGGUGGGGACCCAGCUCUCCACUCCAGCCCCUCUUGCCCCCUUCGGGGCUCCGGUGCCCAGGGCAGGGAAGGGCGCGAUGCACCCUUGGGGGCUGUCCCGUGCCUGGGAGCCCUGAGGAGUCCCAUGGGCUCACGACCCGCCCUCGCUUUGCAUGGCCUGCAGGCAGCCUUGGCUGGGCCUGAUUUUUGCCCAGAGAGCCACCAAAAUGUGGAUCAAACUGUCCCCGUCACCGGCUCACUUGGGGCUGUGCUGCGGGCGUCCCCCAGCCUAUUUCCUGCAGAUUUGCCCCAUUCUUCCCCAGCGUGGCACUGCCUAUUGCCCCGUAAGCUCAGCUGGGGUGUGCUGGAGGCGAGCAGCACGCUGGUGUAAAUCAGGAGGAAGACCCGACAGGAAGGGCAAGGUUGAUGGCAGCGGCGUGUGCUGGGAUGGUGGUGCAUGGCGGGGGCUUUCACUGGCCUUACCCAGCUGGAGGAGAUGGGCCCUGACGGAUUCCUCCUGGCUUACACCGAGCACCCCGUGUCCCCAGGCGUGGCACCUGUCUGGGGCGCCUGGGGACCGUGUCCCUCAGGGCUGCCAGGUCUGUGGGCUGAGCCCCUCUGUCCCAGGGGGGACGGGUCCAAGGACUGCACUAACUCAUCCCCCUGCUACCCCCGAAGGUGCCGGCUGCCCCCAAGGAUGCCUGUCACCCCACAGGAGCCGGUCACCCCCAAGGGUGCCUCUUGCCCCCGAAGGUGCCUGCCACCCCCAAGGGUGCUCGACAUGCCUAAGGGUGCCUGUGACCCCCGAAGGAGCCUGUCACCACACCCCCACACCCCCCCCCCCCCCAAGGGUGCCUGCCACCUCCAAAGGUGCUCGUGGCCCCUGGGAGCGCCAGGACCCCUCCUGAGGGGGCUGGAGCUGGGAGACGCCAGCACCUCACCCUCCUGCACCCUCGAGCUGCUACUGCCCAGUGGCCUGAACCUUACAAUUUUAGCUUUUUUCUAUUAAAAAAACAACAACCUUUUUUUAAUUAAAUAAAAGACAAAAUGGACAAAUUCCUGUUUUAGAUGAUCUGUGUAAUUGACUGGGUUUUGUGUUUCUUAACUGCAUGGUAUUCCUGCCCAGGGGUUUUAUAGCACUUUUUAAAUUUCUCUUUAAGAUUUUGGUCCAGAUUUCUACUGCUCUCGCCUGUCUUGUCUUUGCUUUUUUCCUUGCAUCCUCCAAGUUUGUAAACUCGCUCCAUUUUAUACCUGAUGUUGAGACCCAACCCCACGUUGUACAUAGCUGCGGGAACAAUCAUAGGGAACAAACACCAUCUGGACUCUUUCCACGAUUAGUUGUUUUUACUUAAAAGAAAUUUUAAAAGAAGUAUAAAAGGAAGCCAGGAAAAGGCUUGAGGAUAUUACGAAAGGCAGAAACAAAUCCAGCCCUGCACCAAGUCAGCUCCUGCUGCCCACGCUGCCCGCACCAACUGGCAUGUCUCUUCUCGGUCGUCUGUCUAACACCAUUGGAUUCAAUAAAGUUAUCUCCUGUA